AUGACAUUUAACUACGUCGGCCAAUAUGGCGGUCACCUGGCGUCAUUGGGGGCGGUCUUUUGUCAUUCCCACUGGUGCGGCGACGGGGGCAGCUCUGAUGGGUGCGCGACCGUGGAGCUGCAACAGCGGCCGUCUUACACACCGCACGUGACACCCACACGGCCGCGUAUCACACAGACACGCGGCCAUAUUAGACCAUGCACUGAUAAUAAAACUUUCAAAACUACAUCUACUGAAUCACCACAACCGUGUCGGCACCGUCCUCGAACACUACACAUGCACUACGUGUUGUAA